GCCGAAAUCAAAUUUUUAGGGAUUCACACUCAAGCCAUCUUGGACAUUCCUCCACUCGUUACACCCAGCCAGCAAUGAGAAGCAUCAAGUCCGUGGUCGUCGGCGACGGUGGUGUCGGUAAGACCUGCUUGUUGAUUUCCUACACUACCAACACCUUUCCCAACGACUACAUUCCCACCGUAUUCGACAACUACUCAGCGUCUGUGAUGAUCGAUGGCGAGCCUAUCAAGUUGGGGUUGUGGGACACAGCAGGCCAGGCGGAAUACGACCGCUUGAGGCCGUUGUCGUACCCCCAAACCGAGAUCUUCUUGUGCUGUUUCUCGGUGAUCAGUCCCGACUCCUUCCACAACGUCAAGUCCAAGUGGAUACCCGAAAUCUUGCACCACUCGCCCAAGAACAUCUUGAUCUUGUUGAUCGGUACCAAGGUCGACUUGCGCGACGACCUCCACGUAUUGGACGAGUUGGCGGAAAAGAACACCAAGCCCAUCUCUGUGGACCAAGGUAACAAGUUGGCCAAGGAGGCUGGUGCCGUACGCUACAUGGAGUGCUCUGCUGCCACCCAGGUGGGUGUCAAGGAGAUCUUCGACUACGCCAUCCGUGCCGUGUUGGACCCUCCCUCCAAGGGCAACGAAUACUCGACCACAGAGGCCUCGUCAGGCAUAGGCGCCCCAGGAGCAUCCAAGCUGAGUGUCAGCAACUCCCUGGCCAAGCAAGUCAAAAAGAGAAGAAUCAAAAAGAACAAGUGUACUAUCUUAUAAACUGCCAGAGAGGAGCAUUGUCUCCGUACUUUCUUAUAAACUGCCCAGAGAGGACCAUCGAGCGUCCGUACUAUCUUAUAAACUAUCCCCUGCUGUAUUUUAGGCCUGGCCCCAUACAUUCUCCUUUAUUUCAUCAAAAUCGUUCUAAUUGUCUUUUCGUCCAUUCUCCUCCGUCAAUCGACCUGGCCCAGGUUUCAUUGCACCGGCUGAUUGCUCACCACGGAUGUGUAUCUCGUGGAGUGGGAGUUAAUAGUUAAUGUAUUGCGUUAAAAAAAGCCGUAGUGGUUCCUAGUAUUCGUAAAAGCAACGAGGAUAUAGUGCAGGCAUUAUACUUGGGUCAUAUUCGAUAUUCUGCAUUUUCAGGGUAUGAGAGAUCUCUUGAAUUUCUUUGAUCUUAGUAUUCAUCUGGGAGCUUUUCCAUAAUUAUUAUUGGAUUAGGGUCUACGAAUAUUCUGUAUUCUCAGGGUACAGGGUUUUGGAUU